AUGUCAGUACCUUUCGUGAUAAAAGAUCUCCCAGUUCCCACGAACAUCUCUUUCGGACCCCGUCCUGUCGUAGCCAACUCCGCUGUAUUGAUGGAAUACCAGCGGCUCCAGUUCUACGAAUAUAUUCAAGCUACAUCCAAUGUCCGAUGUGAGCACCCAGCCUUCCUGCCGGCUUACGCUAUUGAACCAUACAGUGUCCAAGCUACUGUUCAUGGACAUCCAUCUCUACCCUUUGUUUCUGCUCCUUUCACUCACUUUGAUUUCAGAGGAAGAUUUUUUCACGAGGAGCCGAAGCCUCAGCAAUCUUACAUUGGCCUGAUUGCUAAGGCUAUCCUCAGUUCAGCGGAGAAAAAGCUAAUAUUAAGUGAUAUAUAUCAAUACAUCUUGGACAAUUAUCCUUAUUUCCGGAACCGAGGACCCGGCUGGAGGAACAGUAUUCGUCAUAACUUGUCUCUGAACGAUUGUUUCAUUAAAGCUGGACGAAGCGCUAAUGGAAAGGGUCACUACUGGGCUAUCCAUCCAGCCAACGUGGAAGAUUUUAAAAAGGGAGACUUUACGCGUCGAAAGGCCCAGAGAAAAGUUAGAAAGCAUAUGGGGUUGGAUAUAGCUGAAGAAGAUGACAACUCUGGCUCUGCUCUACCACUUGAAAGCAACCAUACAUCUUCUCAUGAACAACACCAAAAUAUGCUUACGGACUUCGAAAAGUCAGAAGUCACAAAGUCCCCGAAGGGCAGUAUUUCUACCAAACGAAGGAUGUUUGAUGUUGAAAGUUUACUUGCUCCUGACCAUCCAGAAGACACAGCAAAAGUAAACACUACCUGCUCUGCUAGUGGAAACACUCGAGUAUCACCACCAUCUGAUCUGUGGGUCAACAAUCAUCAUCACAACCAAUAUGGUUGCGAGAAGACUUUGAUGUAA